AUAUUGUUCAAUUCCUUUGGGAAGACCGGCACUCUCGUCAUGUGGUCAUUUGUAAUCUUGACACAAUUUGCCAUGGGUACAAAUCAAGUAUGUGGACAGUGGUAUGCUGGCACCAGAUACUAUGCUGACUUGGACAUAGAUGAUGACAGCCUCAAGGCAGAUCUUUGCCUUCUCUCGAGACGGUGGUCUCCCGCUGUCCCGGUGGGUAUACUACUCAAGGUUUCUUGGAGGCAAGAGAAUCAAGCCAGGUCCUUUUCGACUAGGUCCUUUGGUCAGUCCUCCUGA